AAUUUUCAUUCAUCCAAAGAAAUGAUUGAGAUAGCAUAAAAAAAAAUUAAUUCAUUAAUUUUUUACCGUUCUACGAACUUUUUUUCAUACGCUCGAAACGCCAGGAUAUGUCAACCGAAAUUCUUGCGACACUUAACGAUUUUUUUUAAAAUUCGCAACUUCACGACGGCUAUCUACACGUGCCGAGGAAGGGACGAAAAUACGAGAACUGACCAAAACUCAAGCCGAUUUUUCUGUGAGUAUAAAUAUGAAAUCAAAAAAAAAAGGAGGAAGACGUUUAAAACGAGAUUGGCGUAGGAAAAUAGACGUAGCUGAUGUUGACACAUAUUUAGAUGAAGAAAGAUUGAAAGAAAGAAUUGGUUCAACUAAGGAUCAGAAAGAUGAAGAUUUAUUUCAUGUUGAUACAAGUGGAAAAAAUAUAAAAAAGGAAAAAACUAAGAAGAAAACUUUAGAUACUCCUUUAAAAUGUUUAUCAAGCUUACAUUCAUCUUCUGCUAUACCUCCAUUAGCUAAAAGAAGUACCAAAAAAAUUAAAAAAAGUUUAAAAAUUGAUCAUGAGUUUGAUAAAAAUAUUAAACCACUUAAAAAAACUAUUACAAAGAAGAAAAAACUCAAAGAAAUAAAUAAAAUAUUGAAAUCUAAAGUAAAACUAUUAACUGAUAAUCCAGUAAAUGAUAUUUUUAAAAAGGACUUGUGGUCAAAUUAUAGAGAUCCCGGACAAAGGAAAGAUAAACUUACAAAAAAUGUUUUAAGUUGGCUACCAAACGAAGUGCUAAAACAUAAUGCCAAAGUUAUACCAUCAUUAAUCUCAAAAACAAUGUCUCAUCCAAAUCAAAGCAAUGUAGAUGAUAUAAAAAUGCCACAUCCUGGACUUUCUUACAAUCCAGCAAUUGAAGACCAUGUUUCUUUAUUAGAAAAUAUUGCUGUCAAAGAAACAGAAUUUAUCAAACAUGAAGCUCAUAUAAAAAGAUGUACCCAAAAAUUAUUCAAACAAGUUUCUCAAGACACACAUGAAAAAAUGAUUAUCGAAGAAAUGACAGAGGGAUUGCCUGGGUUUCAAAAUGAUACAAUUACUGUAGACACAGUUGAAGAUAAUUCUGAAUAUAAAGCAAUUAAUCCUCCUACAACAAGAGAUAAUCAGAAAACACAAAAGAAACGUAAAAUCCAGAGACGUUUAAGAAAUGAAGAAGCUAUAAGAAUGAAAGCUAAAAUUGAAAAAAAGAAAAUUUCUGAUCUUUACAAGUUACGUUUUAUUAAUCAAGAACUGGAUGAGUUAGAACAUAAUGAAUGUAAAAAGAAAAUCAAGAGAUUAAAAAAAAGACAGUUACACAAUAUGGGUACUAGACGUUUAGGAACAAAUAAAUUUGUAGAAAAAUCUGAAGUAUUUGCUCUACCAAAUGAAAUUAAAGGUACCCUAAGAGAAACUGCUCCUGAAGGAAAUAUAUUUAAAGAUUGUUUUGAAAGUUUACAAGUACGUAAUAUAUUACCUGUUGGAAAGAAACAACUGAAGAUCAACAAGAAAAAGGUACAAGCGUUUAUGGAUCCGGCUUUUAAAGUUACUCCAGAUAUGUUAGCUCAGUUCAAACUUUAAGAUAUAAUAAUUAUGAUAACUUAACAAAACUAUAAAAAUAAAAUAUUGUUUUUAUUUUGUUAAAAACUAUGUUUUAUAAAUCAUAGUUAAGUUAUUUAUAGUUGAAUAUAAUAUAAAGUUAUUAAAAUUU